CCCUGUCACCCUUCAGCAUGGCUGUAGUAUGCCGUGGUGCUGGGUUGUCAGCUGUAUUACGGGCAGCGGGCACCUGCAGUAGAAAAUCGACAUUGACUGCUGGAGCCUGUAUCGAGGCUUCUCGACUAAUACAUAACAGUGCUGCAGUACACAGGAAAAAUGUUGCAGCCCCAGGACGUGAAAAGUACACAGAGGCCUUUAUUAAAAAACAGAUUGAAGAGUACAACAUUGGAAAGAGACAUUUAGCCAACAUGAUGGGAGAAGAUCCAGAGACAUUUACCCAAGAGGAUAUUGAUAGAGCCAUUGCAUAUCUUUUCCCUUCUGGCUUGUUUGAUAAGAAGGCACGACCAAUUAUGAAGCAUCCAGAGGACAUUUUUCCAAAACAGAGAGCAAUUCAGUGGGGAGAAGACGGCCGUCCAUUCCAUUUCCUGUUCUAUACCGGCAAACAGUCAUAUUACUCAUUAAUGCACGAACUCUAUGGCAAGCUCCUGUCUAUACAGCAAUAUGAAGAUCAAAUACGAAGCAAAGGUUUAUACUCAGAAGAUAAAAGGCAGAUGGACCUGAUUGGCAGUCGCUGGCUGAUUAAAGAAGAAUUGGAGGAAAUGUUAGUUGAAAAAUUGUCAGACCAAGAUUACCUGCAUUUUCUACAGAUGCUGGAACGUUUAUUGAUUCUACCAUACUGCAGCAUAGAGGAAGAAUAUGUGCUUAAAUUCCGUAAGAAUCUCGAGGUUCAGUCCAAGAAGCAGGUUGUUAACCCUUUGCAGUAUGAUGAACAUGGAAGGGCAUUCAGUACUGGAGAAGGUAAGAGGAAAACUGCACAGGCAACUGUGAUGCUUCAUGAAACUGGGAAUGGAACAGUAGUCGUGAAUGGAGUAAAUUAUUCAGAAUAUUUCACCGUACUCCAGGACAGAGAGCAGCUAAUGUUCCCAAUCCAAUUCCUCAACCGGCUUGGAAAGCAUAACUUAGAGUGCACUGUGGCUGGAGGAGGGAAGUCAUCACAGGCUGGUGCCAUCCGCCUGGCCACGGCUAGAGCCUUGCUGAGCUUUGUAUCUGAGAAUGAAAUUGAAGCCAUGAGGCAAGCUGGACUGCUCACUACAGAUCCACGUGUGAAAGAACGGAAAAAACCUGGCCAGGAAGGAGCUCGCAGGAAGUUUACAUGGAAGAAACGUUAGGCUACACAACUGUACUGCAAUGUAAAUCCGCCUGCUUUCCUGAGAAGAUAACAUUAUCUGUUGUUUGCACAGUGCUGUUUUUUUUUUUUAUAAUAAAAUUAUUCAUUAAAUCAGU